CUUCACUACACUUCACUACACUUGACUACCCAACCACCAACAAACCCUAUAGAAAUACCACAAUACAAUACAAUGCCCUCCUCCUCUCUAGCCGACUACCUCGCCAAAAACUACCUGACAGCCGACCCCCCCACCGAGCGCCCCAAAAAGAAGCGCAAGAAGACCAAAGAAGUCGAUACAGCCGCCGCAGGCCUGAUUAUCGCCGAUGACGACCCACCCGAUAUCAAGAGCUCGGGGAUGGGAAUCCAUGACGAUGAAGACGGUCCAUCGGUUGUGAACGCGCGGAGCGCGGAGUUUCGACGGACGAAGAAGUCGAAUUGGAAGACUAUUGGCGGAGGGAAUGAGCAGGAUGCUGCGGAUGCGAUUAUUGCGUCGGCUGCUGCUGAGAAUGCGGCGCGGCGGGAUGAGGGGGCGGAGGAUGAUGCGCCGGCUCUUGUUGAGGACGAUGGUAACAAUGAGGGUAACGAUGAUGGGAUGAGGAUGGAGUCCGGGGCGAGGGCCGGCUUGCAGACUGCGGCGCAGACGGCUGCUAUGGUUGCUGCGCAGGAGAGGCGGAAGAAGGUUGAGGCCGCGCUGUAUAAGGGUGGGGCUGAGGGGGAGAAGGCGCAGGAGACGAUUUAUCGUGAUGCGUCGGGGCGGAUUAUCAAUGUGGCCAUGAAGCGGGCGGAGGCGCGGAGGGCGGAGCAGGAGAGGAUUGAGAAAGAGCAGCAGGCUAAGGAGGCGCUUAUGGGUGAUGUGCAGAGGAAGGAGCGGGAGGAGCGGCGACAGCAGAUUCAGGAAGCGCGGGCGAUGCCUGUGGCUCGGACGGUUGAGGAUGAGGAUAUGAAUGAGGAGUUGAAGGCGCAGCAGCGGUGGAAUGAUCCGGCGGCGCAGUUUUUGACGAAGAAGGGUCCGGGGAAGAGCGCAACCGGGAAGCCGUUAUACAAGGGGGCGUUUCAGCCGAAUCGAUAUGGCAUUAGACCGGGUCAUCGGUGGGAUGGAGUGGACCGCAGUAAUGGGUUCGAGAAGGAAUGGUUUGCGGCGAGGAAUAGGAAGGGGAGGUUGGAGGCGUUGGAUUACCAGUGGCAGAUGGAUGAAUAAAAUGAUAGGGCUGUUUGUUAAGGCUUUUCCUAGUGCUGGACACUGGAGAGAUAUGCGACAUUAUAAUUUUGGUACAUUACUGGCAUACAAUGACUCAAACCAUGAUCUUUCUGUACGCUACACGCCUCACUUGUAUCCGGUUGCAGAUUUCACUCGAUAUAUACCAGCCCUCUAUCCUAUAGCGUGGUUGAUACUGA